AUGAUACGACACAGGGAUAUAGCAAUUAAAAUUGGGUAUGGAGUUGAAGAGAGUACCAAAAACGGAUUGAUUCAGGCAAUCAUAGAAUUGCAAUAUGGAAGUGUGAAUCAGGGAAGCACUUGGAGGAAAACAGAUUUGCUUCUCCAUGAGAUUGUGAAGAUAAGAUCGGCGUGGAGAAAAUUCAUCCGUGGCAGAAGUGUCCCUUCUUAUCAACUAGCGCUGCUGCAAACCAACCCCUUCCAUGAGUUUUGGUGCACCAGGGUGGAUACUUGGUUCCCAGAGAGUGCCAAGUUCUUUCAUGCCAUCGUCUAUAACGACUAUCCCUUUGUCCAGUGUAUGAUAGACCUUGAAGAGUAUUCACUGCUUGGCAUGUUAAAGCGCAUAUGGAGCAUAUGA